AUAAAGUUUAACUAGUGUAGUAAUUUAAUAGCUACUCAACAUGGAUCAUAACUUGGACGACCCUUUAAGUUUGGAGAGUGAUAUGGGUGUUGAUUUUGAGCACUCUGAAGACAACGUCGUAAAUCAGGCAGAUUUGGUCCUUGUACAGCAAAGCAAUCAAGAAGAAACCAUUCCACCAACACCUAUGGAGUUUGAGCACAAUGAAGAUCAAACUAUGUUAAUGGAUACUGGCACUGAAGAAAUUAUUAAUUUUAUGGGAGAUCAGUUCUCCCUUCAGGAGUACUCGGUGCAGAGUGACCAAACAACUGGAUUAACAACGACAGUGGAGUCGAAUCAACAACAAUUACUUGCAUCGCAGGCAGACUCAAUGAUAGAUCUACAAUUCCAGCCUCAGAUAGUUAGCUCUGUCAAACAGGAUUCAGUGCAGCAUAAAAUUAUCGCAGUUAAGGUAUAUAAUGGUUUUAUUAGUUUUUUCUGUCUAUAUAAUACAAUGUCUCCAAUGCGUACUUCAACAACUGUUAGAAGAAAUGAUGCAACAGUGUUGAAUACUGCUCCACGCCAAGUGGCUAUUGCACCUAAACCACCAAAGCUAGUUACCAAGCCGUACACAACAAGCAAACAACUUGCUAUAGCUCCUAAGCCUGUGGCACUAGUCGCUAAUAGAGGCAACUGUGUAAUGAAGAAAGUAUCCAUUGCUAAUGUUGUGCAGGGCAACACUAAAGGGAACACAGUUUUGGCACAAAUUGGAAAACAAUUGAUUAUGGUCCCGUCUAAUUCUCAAAAAAUUAAACUAGUGUCGACAUCAGGCAACGUGCCUACCGUUCAAUAUCUCAGAGCUGACUCAGAUCAGGCACAAUUAAUUGCAGCUAAGAAUGCCAGUGGAUCACAGACAAAGCCUGUCAUGACUAAGGUCAUAACUGUUCCAGGCUCGUCUUUUUCGGAAGGCACGUCGGGCGAGACUCCGCGCUAUCUAACACUGCAACACUCGGGACUGCCGCUCACGCUUGGAAAUAAGGUGUUAGUUGCGGCGCCAGGAAAACCGGCAGUAAAGAUAGCAAAGAAACAGGAAAUAAUUUCCAUUAAGUCGCCGACGCCCAAACUGAUGCCCGCUCCGGCCCUAAGUGUGACAUCAAGCAGUGGGACGAAACAGAAAGUUGUCAUUACUACAAAUCCGAUGCAAAAUGUAAUAUUAAACCCAUCUGCUGCUGUUAAAACGACGCAAGUUGCUAAAGAGGGUAACGUCGUGGAGGCACAACGCUCUCAAUUGCAUCAAAUUAACGUUCCCGGUAAAGGGAUCCAAUAUUUUCGAGUGGUAACGAACCCUCAAAAGCCUGCGGCCAAGCCGUUGAUAGCACUGCCCUCUAAGACAUUCAUGCUUUCAGAUGGUAAGGGUAGCCUGAUACAAAUGAAUGCAGAUAAGACCACUCCGUCAUUCGUCGUGGCAGGAACUAAGAAUAAUUUACCUAAAGUAGCUCCGAAACCUGCACAAAAGUUGGUGAGGAUAGCACCGGUCGUAACAAAAACGUCGCAAGGGACUACAGCGGCGCGGUCGUCGCAGAGCCUGCUGGCGCCGCUGUCGCCGUCGCCGCCGGCCUCCCGCGGCGCCUCGCCCUCCCCGCCCGCCGCGACGCGCUCGCCGCCCUCGCCCUCGCCCGCGCACGUCACCCCGCCCUCCCCGCCUUCCCCGUCGCUCUCCGAUUCCAAGGGUGCGCUGCGAGCUCUCAUUGAGAAGGCAGUCGCAGAGGGUCCUGUCGACGAGGUCGAGAUUGAUUUCGAACGACACGACGACUCACAAAGAUCAGAGAGCAUGGUGAAUAUUGAAGGAGAAUCUAUGAAUGCUUAUCAGUCACCAACUACUCCUGCACUUUCUGAUACAGAUCUUGUAGCGACCGAUAUAGGACUCCGACCUCGUAAAGCUUGCAACUGUACUAAGUCACAAUGCCUCAAGCUGUACUGCGAUUGCUUCGCAAACGGCGAGUUUUGUAACCGCUGCAACUGUAACAAUUGUCACAAUAACUUGGAGAAUGAGGAACUGAGACAGAAAGCCAUAAGAGGGUGUCUUGACAGGAAUCCCAAUGCUUUCAGACCAAAAAUUGGCAAAGCUAAAAUAGGUGGGCCAGAUAUCAUUCGGAGGCAUAACAAGGGUUGCAAUUGUAAAAGAAGUGGCUGUCUCAAGAACUAUUGUGAAUGUUACGAGGCGAAGAUAGCGUGCUCGUCGAUCUGCAAGUGUGUGGGAUGCCGCAACGUGGAGGAGACGCUGGAGCGCGCGCGGCGCCGCGACCCCGCGCGCGCGCUCGCCGUGCACGCCGCCGCGCACUUCCGCGCGCCGCCGCUCGCCGCCGCCAAGCAGCCGUGCAGCUUCAUGACGACGGAGGUGAUCGAGGCGGUGUGCCAGUGCCUGCUGGCGGCGGCGGUGGAGCGCGACGAGGCCGACGACGCGGACCCGAUGCGCAGCGUGGUGGAGGAGUUCGCGCGCUGCCUGCAGGACAUCAUCAGCGCCGCGCACCACAGCGCGCCCCGGCCGCUCGCCGACGAGGGACAAGCGUGAUACUCGAGCUGGCGUUUACGAUGUGUAUAAUCAGCAAUAUCUCCUGAGUGAUAUUUUAGAAUAAUAUAAAUUAAUAAAGAGCUAAAUCGGCGUUAAGAUGAAGGUGCAAUUAUUAUAUUUUUAUAUUGCUAUAGUAAAUUAACAUCAAAAUUAUUAGACUCGUUUUUAUCAUUUGUAAGUACGAAAAGACUGUUGAUAUUGAUGAAAUCACUGGCUUUUGUUUGAAUGCCAAAAUAGAAUAUUUUAAAGUUGUAAAUAAGAAAGAAAACAUUUUUAUCGUUUUAUAUGUUUUGUAAAUAGAUGUUGUAAAUUGCAUAUUUUACUAGUCAUAAGUAUACAUUUAUAUGAAAGGUAACAACGUGUAAAUAUGUAGUAAUAUAAUAAAAGGAACUUUUUACCCA